AUGGUUUUGCAAGAAAAACUUCUGGAUUUCGACAACCAAACAAUAGUUCUCCAACCUUCCAAUCUUGUAGCUCUAUUUUUUCCAAGAGCCAAAGACGCAGCAGAAGCAGUCGAAGGCGACGAUGCAGCAGCAGACAAGAGCCCACCAAAUACAGCGACAAAACAAGCCUUCGAAAGCGGAGACACAGAAGCUGACAAAGAUGCAGCAAAACAAACCUUUGGAAGCGAAGACGCAGCGACAAAACAAACCUUCGGAAGCGCAGACGCGGCAAACAUUGCGACAAAACAAACCUUCCAAAGCAUGGGCCUCCGGUGCGAAAAAUACGUCACAGAGCACCUUCUUCUCAAAAACGCAUACCAAAGCAACCUGUUGUCCGACAUCUCCAAGGUAGACUAUCUGGAAGAGAACCUCGGUAACACGAAUUUGCACCUUCUGGAGGGUCUGACGGCCUUUGUAGACGACAUAUUUGUCUUUGGCUACGUUUCUCAAGAGGAGUGCGUCUUCCAGAGAGGAAAACUGUGCUGCACAAGUCAGGAGAAGAGGGCGGAAAAACUAGUGGUGGCAGGGGAUUUCUGCACAGCAAUCGCCGAAGAACAGCCGACGAUUCUAGAAAACACAAAAACCAUCGGGAAGCACGUCUCCACCUGGAUAGCGGCACCCAAGGAAGGGCACACACCACGCACAAAAAUAUACAACAAAGUCGUGUCGAAUUUCGAGGCAGGAGAAAUCCGCGAACAUGUUGGCGGCCAUCUGGCAGACUACGCCGACUACCCGAACCUGCACCUCCGCCAAACCUUCCUAGACCCGGAUGUGCAAGCUCGAGGGUGCACACACAUCAAAGUCUCUCUGUACGCGCCCCCACAAAACGAACUUUCGAGCAAGAAAGCCACAGACUAUGUCGGGAAAGUCUUGGAGCAAGUUUCCCCCGAAGACGAGGAGGACGGCCUCUUUGUGGUCCAACCCCCCAGUAAACAGUGGCAAAACCUUGCCAAAAACCUGGAUCGGUGUCUGGUUCUCGCAGACAGACCGCAAGGAAAUAUCUUUGUCGGCUGGUACGCCCACACAGAGACAGGAGGAAUUUCGGGGAUCCACGUAUGCCCAACACCAGCGAAAGUGCGAGACGAAGAAAAGUGGGAAAAAGCUGUCUUGUGGGCGGCGGGGGACUUUGGCUUCUGGAAUUGCCCAAUUUUUCGGGUAGACAUCCUGUCCACAGACGAAGAAGGGGUGGAGCUAGGCCCACUCCGUUCCUACACGAAAGACGAAAACGCUCGCACAAUACUCGCCGCAAGCAAAAAACCAAUACAGCUCCACCCAAACGAGGGCGACCCGUCGAAGCUUCUAUCGCCAACAGACAAAGUUGUGUGGAAAUGGCGGGACAAAAAAUGCCACGCAAUCGGCAACGAUUCUUCCAAAUACGAGCUCCAAGAAAUACAAGAAAUCGCAGAACAGAGCAAAAUAUCCGCACUUUCAACAACAAACAGAGAAAAAGUUCUUGCAGAGAUUUGGCAUGCCUGCACAGCUGAGGAGUGGAGACGAGAGAUUUGGCAGAGAAGAAAAACAGCGAAAAAAAGAGGAGGAAGCGGCAAAGGCUCGAGUAGCAGAAAUUGCCAACCUGCGAAAGUACACCGAGGCGAAGAAAUAAAUUCAAGCAAAAAGCUGGGAGAUUCGUGUAACAGUGGUUGGCACUCUGUCUGGUGCGACAAAAAAAGUUGUGGAAUUGCCAGCAGGCAGAAAAUGGGAUGUCCUAGGUUUUCGAGGCAAAGAAGACAAAGUCCGUGUUGUAUUGCGGCAUGGGAAAGAAGCGGCAGUUGCUGUUUGGGCGACAAAAGGUUUGCAAAAAAUCCUUGUAGAAUAUGUGGACAGCUUCCGUUCGGACGAGAAAGACAGCACUGGUCGGCAGCUUUUCUGGCUAGUGUCUUUCACAGGUGUCGAAAAAUUUGGAGGGUUGGUGCUGUGAAUCGAACCUUUGAAAACUUUCAAAAACUGGGAAGGAAAAACCAUCGUGUGGAACCCCAUACAAGUGGUAUCCGUGCCAGACAGUGGAAGACUUGCAUUCUUGCAGGCUCUAGGAUCAAAAUGCGAGGAGUACGAAGCCCUUUGUGUGGAAUUAGCCAAAAACUGUCUGCAGAAAAUCCCUGCGCCGGGAAACAAAACGACGAAAAAAACAACAGACUUGCCGGAAGGGGAGUACAUAUGCAAACGUUUCGCUACCACAAGCUUUCGAAACGCCUUGCGGACCAUUCUGUUCUUCCUCCCGCUCGGAGAAGAUGGGAACCAGCAACAGACGAAGAAACACCAACACACGGAGUCUUUCUGGAAAAGGAGAUAGCGGCGAUGGGCGGCAUCGAAGUGCUAGAAAAAAGAAAAACCCCAUUGCGUUGCUGGCUUGGCGAGGAGAAGACAACACCGAGCAACAGAAAGUGCCGCAGAGUUGCGAUAGCGUAGCCGUGGGGCAAGCCCCACACCCCAAACUUCUACACGGGGACAAUAGUUCUGCCUUCGAAGCAGAAAGGAAAGUGUCCCUCGAAAGCAACAACAAAGAGUUCACCAAGAUCCCAGUCAAACCAUUUUUUCGCUGUCUCCGAGUCGAUAUGGCCUACAAUGUGCGCCGAUUUGUUUUCCAACGAAGAGACAAACUUGCAAAGAGCAGGUGAA